AUGUUUUCCACUAGUGUUUUUACAUCACUAGGAUACAGUUCGGGUCGAGAAGCAUUGCUGACUGCAUGGGGAUGUGAUGGGGAUGUGGACGGCACAUUAUCUUCUGGUAUCUGCGCGGUUGAUUGUGUGUGGAACUGCGUAGUUGGUGAUAAAAAAUCGGAGGAGAAGUUUAUAGUUCACUUGAAUGGUGUUGGACAUUUGUUAGAGUGCUUUGAAGUGGGGCCAAAUGUGCUAAAGAGACAAUUAUGA